UACUGUCACAGACUUCAAGUUAACGUAAUACAGAACCAACGAAAUGCCUUUUAGCCACUCUUCAACGUCAUCCAAGUUUUCGCCAUGUACUGACCGUUAUGGAACGUUGUGUGACCAGAAGCAUUGACACCAGCACACUCACAUUACCUUGCAGAUCUCUAGAAUAUUUUAGGCGAUGAAUCUAUAUUCAAGUUUCGAUAGCUCAGGAGUUGUCCGACGUUAUUCCGAGUCCAUCUGCAUGUGACUGCACACCCCGCAUCCAUAGAUUAUUUAAGAAUGCGCAAUGCAUACAAGCAGUCCCAAACACUCUUUUAACAUCUCACCACUGUGAAAGCCUGACAUGACAGACAAGAAGUUGCCGAAGGAUUUUACCUGGGGUUUUGCUACAGCCAGUUACCAGAUUGAAGGUUCAUACAACGAAGGUGGUCGUGCACCCUCGAUCUGGGAUACCUUCACAAGAAUUCCAGGAAAGAUCGCGGAUGGGUCUUCUGGAGACGUUGCAACCGACUCCUAUAAGAGGUGGAAGGAAGAUGUUGCGCUUUUGAAGUCAUAUGGUGUCAAUUCAUAUCGUUUCUCAUUGUCGUGGUCUCGAAUUAUCCCUCUCGGCGGGAGGGGAGACAAGGUCAACCCGGAAGGAAUAGCAUUCUACAGGGGUAUAAUCGAGGAAUUGGUGAAGAAUGGUAUCACACCUUAUUUGACCUUGUAUCACUGGGAUUUACCUCAGGAACUCCAUGAUCGCUACGGAGGCUGGCUGAAUAAGGAUGAGAUUGUCAAAGACUUUGUCAACUAUGCGAAAAUCUGCUAUGAAGCUUUUGGUGAUAUUGUCAAACACUGGAUCACUUUCAAUGAACCAUGGUGUAUUUCCGUUCUCGGAUAUGGCAAAGGCGUAUUCGCCCCAGGACGAACGAGUGACAGGGCUCGGUCUUCCGUAGGAGAUACUGCCACUGAACCAUACAUUGUAGGGCACAGUGUGAUCAUAGCACAUGGGUAUGCGGUUAAACUUUAUCGCUCAGAAUAUCAGUCCGCGCAAAAAGGUACCAUCGGAAUCACACUAGACAGUAGCUGGUUUGAGCCCUACGACAAUAGCAAAGAAAACAUCGCAGUAGCGCAGCGCGCGUUUGAUGUGAGGCUGGGUUGGUUCGCUCAUCCGAUCUAUCUGGGUUAUUACCCUGAAGCCCUCAAGAAGAUGAUUGGUAAUCGUCUUCCGGAGUUUACUCCGGAGGAAAUAGCAGUGGUCAAGGGCUCCUCCGAUUUUUUCGGUUUGAAUACAUAUACCACACAUGUCGUCCAGGAAGGUGGUGAUGAUGAAUUUAACGGCGGUGUCAAACAAUCGCACAAGCGCGCUGAUGGAACAGAAUUAGGAACCCAAGGUAAGAUCCUAUAUUUCCAAAGGAACAUUUUACUUGGUUACAUCUACAAGAAAUACGGCAAGCCGAUAUAUGUCACAGAAAGCGGCUUUGCCGUCAAGGAUGAGAACAAAAAGACGGUCGAAGAAGCAAUAAAUGAUACUGACAGAGUCGAAUAUUACCACGACUACACGAAAGGCAUGCUCGAGGCGGUUACUGAAGAUGGUGUAGACGUCAGGGGUUAUUUCGCUUGGAGUCUUUUGGAUAACUUUGAAUGGGCGGAAGGUUACAAGAUACGCUUUGGUGUGACUUACGUGGACUACGAGACGCAGAAACGCUACCCCAAACAAUCAUCCAAGUUCUUGACUGAGGUAUGUCUUGACUCUUUGAGAAGAACCCAACCGAGGUUUAUACAUAUUUCAUUGCAGUGGUUUUCUUCGCAUAUCUAA